CUCAGGUUCCUCUCUGGUACAACACAUACAAACAAUACAUGCUGCCAAUACUGCCAAGCAAGAAAUCAAAACUCUCGUUUAUUCUACUCUUUCUACUUAUGUUAUCUGCUUCCGCUGCCUGCUAUGGGCACGAAAAUUAGCCCGGUCAUGCAGCGUACGCAAACACGUAGAGAAGCAUGUGUUUAGAUUUGUUUCUGCAGACUUCUAUCACUUGCUAUUUUGUAAGAUCUACCGUGACUCGCUAACUAGUUACUGUUAGCGAUAAUGAUGAAGAACAGUUACGUGAAGGUCCUGGACGGUGGCUUCUCUGGACAGUUGUCACGUCAUGUAGGUACCAAGAUCGAUGGUGAUCCGUUAUGGACAGCACGAUUCCUCAAAACCGAUGUGAACGCUAUAUACGCUACGCACUUGGACUUCUUGCGCUCUGGUGCCGAUAUUAUCGAAACCAACACCUAUCAAGCGUCCGUACCUGGCAUGAUGAGAUAUUUGAAUAUAAGUGAACGCGAAAGUCUGAAUUUACUCAACACGGCCGUGAGCUUGGCCAAAAGAGCUGUGGAGGAGUAUGCCCGAGAAGAGCGCAUCUCCUCUGACCAGAGACCUCUGGUCGCUGGGUCCUGCGGUCCUUACGGUGCUUACUUGCACAACGCAUCUGAAUAUACUGGCUCCUAUGGGAAAAAUAUGUCCCAACAAGAACUGAUCGACUGGCACAGACCACGCGUUAAGACACUACUGGACGCCGGUGUUGAUCUGUUGGCUCUAGAAACUAUACCCUGUGUCAAAGAAGCAGAAGCCCUUCUGGAGUUACUGAAGGAGUACCCGCACGCUCGUGCGUGGCUCUCAUUUUCAUGUCGAGAUGAUAAAUUUAUAUCGGACGGCAGUGUAUUUCAGGAAGUGGCUACACGCUGUUAUCACACCUUGCCAUCGCAAAUUAUUGCAAUCGGCGUGAACUGCAUCGAUCCGAAGUACGUAACUCCCUUGCUGAAGGGUAUCAAUGUGAACAUGUCGUCGGAGCAAGAUUUCAUUCCUCUGGUGGUGUAUCCCAAUAGAGGCGGCAGCUAUUCAGCAACUGGCGAAUGGACCGCGGUUCCAGAUGAUCAUUCUCUGAAUCUACCUAUAUCAGAAUGGUUGGACCUGGGGAUUCGUUACAUCGGCGGAUGCUGCAAGAUUUUUGCGGAAGACAUUCAGACAAUUAGAUCAGAAGUGAUUCGAUGUCAAGCAAACAUUGUCUUAUAAGCUUCAUUAUCAGUGAUUUCCAAAUGGUUUUUACAUUACGGAUAUUACAUAUAUAUACAUUAGUUAAAAUCAUUGAAGACAGACUACUUAUCUUUACUCAGAUAACAACAUGUCUGUAUUGUUGCUAACGUAUUGUUUGCAGUCAAAGUUGCAGUCAAACAUUACUCAGCAACUCCGCAUUUGUUGGCAAUUGAUGCCUUUACGAUAUGAAAACUUUGGAUAACUACUUGCUGGUAACGAAUGCUGUGGUGAAACAAAACAUCUGAAUUAAAAUUUAUGCGAUUGUCGUUACGUUGUUACAAUAAUUUAUAGGAUCACAAUGCUCUUAUAUUGCUGACAACGUGAAGUAACUUUAAUACUAUUAUCUCGUUAAACUUCUGAAAAUAUAUGUAUGUAUACAAUGUUGCCUUUCAUGUUACUUAAUAUCGAUAUAUUCGAAAUUAUUGAAGAAAUGUAUGGCAAGUUGCUAUCCUUAUGAACAACCACAGAUUUGUGCGAUUUUAUUUAGACAUGCUUGAUUUUUUAUCUGAGUAAUUUUAUUAUUUGGAUAAUUUUAUUUGUUAAAAGUAGUAUAACAUUUUUUCCCUAUUAUUUUUAUUAUUUUCCUUACGGAGAACGCAUACUCUUGAUAACUUUAAAAAAAAAGUAUUUUUUAAUAUUUAUUCUUUUAUAUACAAAGUAGUUUAACUACUGAUAUUACUAUAAAAAUGUUUACCGAGGCAAAAAACACAGUUAUGAAUUUACUUGAAAACUGAUAUUUGUGUAUAAUAUUUCGCUAUUAAGUUAAUAUUUUCUAGUAUGUUCCGAUUAUUAAUUAUACAUGUACAAGUAGAUAACAUAUAAAGUAGGUAACAUAUAGUUUUGUAUAAAAGAAAUUGGGUUUUGUAAAAGAAAUAUUUUUUAAUAAAAAUAUCAUUACAUAUUCCUAUAU